AUGCAAACUACCUGCCACAGGGUAGCAUAUAUCGGCGGCAUGGAUCGUACGCAGACCUGGUUCAUAAAACUGCAUAGCUUACGGUCACAAACGAAAAAGACAGCUUUAACACAGAAAGCCAAGAAGAGUUACCUUUCCUCAAAGGAGGGACGACUGGAAACUGGCCGCUGGGACGCCGUGGGGGUGGUUGCCACGGUCGAGUUGGUAGUCAAUUCGGCCCCACCGGCGGUUACGUCUCUAGGGGACUUGUGGGGGGAGGAUGUGGAGGCAGCGGUCGUCGUCGCCAACGUCGUGGCUGCCGUGGCGUUUUCAGAGGAGUUGGUGCUGUGGGAAAGGAAGAGGGUGGAAUAA